AUGCUGCUCUACACUCUUAUCAUCGACAGUUCGGAUGACUCGAAAAUUGGGGAUCUAUGGAAUAUCUACAAUAAUGUUUUGAUCAAUGACACGGCCCUGACUCUAUUGCGCAGUCAAGCAAAGAAACUUGUUGAAAAUAGCAAGAGUAUUUCGGACUGGAAUGGGGGGAGAUAUGGCAAAACUCUCCGAUUCUGCACCCAGGCUACGUAUUCUCGUGUUGUGGAGAUGUGGAAAUUCUAUGCCCUAGACCCCUCGGAUGAGCUCUCUUUCAAUGAGCAGCAGAAAAAGCUCAAACUGACCAUACAGAAGGCCAGAGACCUAAAGAAACAAAUUGUUGGAACUACACGAGUUGCAACCGGGAUUCGCUCCGCUGCACCUUGUGAUCUUUCUCAAAUCGAGGAAAGCCAUGAUUUCUAUGACCAAUUUUGGAGAGAGGGAGCUAUUACUCCAGAUAUGAGCUCUUUUAUCAAAGCAACUCACAUGAAUCCAAUGAUUUGGACACAGAGUCAAAGGCUAGUACUUCACUAUGGAACUCAACCACUACUAGGAUUUCACCUAGCUGCCGCAUACUCCCCCCUUGCAAAAGGAUCCCCUUUAAACUAUACCUCCGAUGGCCUGGGUGACACACCCGCUGCUGUCAGGGCAGCAUUCGCCCAAUUCCGUACCUAUGUAAAAGCAUUUCAUAAUCUAUCUUCAAAGUGGAUUCUCCGCUUUGUAUGUGCUGACGCCCUGAUGUUUUGCCAUACACUUCAGACUCAAAGGUGUGGUACGGCUACCCGUCAGGAAUAUAGUGAUAACUGGCAUUUUGAACCCUUUAUUCUUGACCCCCAUGAAUACCCUGGACAAGGAACUGGAGCUCCAUACUUAUUCGAUGCCGUUGAUACUUCGAAUUUGGCGGACCAUCUUGGACCAUUGAACAUUCUAGCUGCAACUGGCCCCUUGUUGAAGGCAAAACCCACAUCAACUAUAUCCACAGAGCUACUAGUUUCACGAGGAAGAGACACAGAUUAUCUCAAAUCGCUUCUGCUAGGAGAUAUGGUGACUAUCGGCUCACUGUUCAAACUCACUCCGAACCAAUAUUGGACUGGUGCAAGUGUAUCCUCUAACUUCAUGGAGAGAAUGGUUGGAGUUAUUAAUAAGGACACAGGCCAGGAACGUUAUGUUGUGCGAUGGACCCGACUGGUCACGGAACCCAUCACCUAUGACCCGAAACAACUGUCCCGACUUAUGUACUCAAUAUACCUUUCCAUGUUUGAGGACGAAAACCCAGCCAAUCUCCUGAAAUUGAAGCAAAACAGGGUAGUUUUCGAUGAGUAUAAAGCCUACACGAGGGCAAGCCUUUGUUGUAUUUUGCAAGCUUUACAGAGGUCGAAUGUUGUGAAUUGGCAGGCUUUCAUUGACGAAUUCUUCGGGCUAAUAAAUCAAGAUUCCAACCUGCUUAUGGGCGCUCAUUAUCUCCAAGAGUUUUAUCUACAUCUCCAUCUUUCAGGUCUGCAUCCGGCUCUAACUCUCAACCCUGGUCUGGAUGGCAUAACUGCUCGGUUACCACAAAGUGCCUUUAGAAAUUGGACCAAUAUUCCUCCGGCGCUAUCAGUCACAUUAGCCAUUCCUCAUGAGAAGCUCUCAUUAUUUGUGGAGAAGCCAGUGAACAAUUAUGGAACCCCAAUAUGCCAGCUUGUGUUUGACUCGCAAGCCGGGCAGAGUAUAUUUGCGGAUAUUCAGCUGGGCUUUGGGGAAGUAAAAACAUUAGGCACAAAAUAUACAGAAGAAUAUGCAAUUGAAAUCAGAAAAGAUGAAAGGGGAUGGGACGGGACUGCACCCCUCCUCGCUUCCGUGAUGGUUCCUACAGCUUUGAUUCUCCUCAACCCAGACCUCUCAACUAAUAUUUUCUUGGGGUUAAAAACCAGUCCUGCCACUGUUCAAUUGGUGGGAAAACUUGGGAUGAACCUGGCCAUCCACGAGUCUAAAUUAGCCAAUAAUGACGUUUAUAUUACCCGCUGUCGUCCUAAUAUGGAGCACCAAAUGACAGAGCAUUCUAAGAUACCCCCAUUGAAGAGCAGCGUGGUUCCUUCAGAUUCACCUAAGCAAAUGGAUGGGGUGGAGCUAAAAUUCCAUUUGGAGCUCAGCUCUGACUGCUCAAAAGCCAUGCUUCUUACAACGCGCCUUGAUAUCACAUCACCAAAAUAUCAAGACAUACUGCGACAAGGUGCUGCAGUUCUCGUGGAGCAGGUUUCCCCAUACAAAAUAAAUGUCAGGUUGGGAGGUAAACCUUUCCACUCCAAUAUUCGCCUUCCAUUCCCCGUAUUAUCGGUAAAUACGAAAACAAGAAUUGCCCGGAAGUCCUCUUAUCUUGAGUUUAUUGCAUCGAUAGCUUCAACUGGAGACCUUACCCAAAACCCCGACAAUGUUUUCCCUAUCGAUCUCUAUGAAAGUGGCCCGAUAUUGAGAAAUCUCGAUUAUACUACACUCGACAAGUUGCCUAUUCUCGACCUUAGGGACCCUUCAAAGCUAAGCUGGGUCAAAUUGCUUUCAAGUGAUAUGUUUAAUGAUAGAGAAGGGAAGGAAAGGAAUAAGUACGUAAAGGGCAAGAUUUGUACUUCCUCCGAUGUGCGAGUGGCAUUCAAAGAUACACUCUUGUCAUUGUUUGGAUAUCUCAGUGGUGUUGGAACAAAGGCCCAAAUCAACGCUUUCGGCCUCGACAGUGAAACAAGUGGCGGAGUGAACGUUAUUGUUCUCAUGUCUUCUUUAAGACUGGAGGCCGCCAACCAGAGCAUGGUCAUUGACGCGGCGGUGAUCCCUCUUACCAUAGAUCUUGUCAUGGAGAUGUAUUCAAGCCUCCAUGACCUCACUAACCGCGGUAUGAAGACACUCAAGAUCAGCGAUGAUGAGCUCCGCCUUUGGAAACAUGUAUUGCCUGCCUUUGUUGACCGGUGCCGGACCUGGAAGCAUCUGCCGUCUUGCGAGUAUAUGUCUACCGGCAAAAUACCCCUUUCUACGGAUUGGGCACAGCCGAUACUUUGUUCGUGUGGCAAAGGUAAGUUUCCCAACGGCUAUGAAAUCAAGGGAUUCCCGGAGUGGAAAGACAUCAAGAAAUACGCCACCCGCGUCGCCAUAUCUCCUUGUUACUGGGUCCCGUUCCUGGAUAAGGAAUUCAAGUUUGAUGCAGAGGACGAGGAGCACAAGGAGCACAAGGAGGGCAGCUAUAAGGAUAACAAGGAAGGCCUUUCCCAGAUAACACAAUCGCUAUUGCAGUCGAUGGAUUUGAAGAAGGGAUCAUGUUCAAAUUGUGGAGGGAAGAAACCUGGAAGUGGAACGAAGUUGCUGCGGUGCAGUGGUUGCAAGGUAGCAGAGUAUUGCUCAAAGGAUUGUCAACGGGAGGACUGGAUGGCAAGGCACAAAUUGGCUUGUAAAAUGAUGGCACAGAUGAAAUGA